AUGCACAGAGGAUGGUUUUUGCUGUCCGGUAAGAGUACUCAGCAAAACAGCGCCAUCCUCAUCGAAUCAAGAUUUGGAUUCGGAGCAAACCGAGCAGCAGAAUAUUUUCGUGUUAACUGGUUUUUGUGGAGUAUACAAAUUGCAGAUUUUGUUGGUGUUCCGGCUCUUAAAUAUCAUACCGAGCAGUUGACCCCAUGUCCGGAUGGAAGUACUUGGAUUCGGCAGUGUGCAUCUGAUAAGGACUGCAUUUUUGGGGACGAAAUAUGUGCGGACGGAAAAUGCUGCUCAGUGUGUACGCAGCGACGACGUCAAGUUUUAAACGACCUGCCAACAAAUAACCUUGUUGGCGUUUAUAUUCCGCAGUGUGAACCAUCAGGCAAACAUUACCGUCCGGCACAAUGCCGCACCGGAACCGAUGAGUGUUGGUGCGUCUCACAUUUUGGCCGUAUCAUUGGAUCGUUGAAACCGAAGACGGCAGAUCUGAAUGCGGCGUGCGACGCAUUACGCCUGGCACUAAAACGAUCCGCUGAUGUUGACCGGAAAAUUUACCACAAAGUUUGGGAACAUACGGAGUUACGUAGGAAACAAGAAAACUUGGCUAAUUUGAAGGAAAAUCGCGAAUCCUUUCUUGCGCUUUCAAAAGAGCAUGGAACAGAAGUAAAAGAGCCGCAGCACUACGAAAUUCAGACUGUGAUCAACGAAAUCCAGAAUAAAUGCUUACGGACCAGACGUGGACAAUGCCCGGAACUAACAGAUCAACUCAUUUACGGCGUGAAUUUGUGUCACUGUGAUGACGAUUGUCCGGAUUUGCAGAAAUGUUGCCCAGUUUCCAGAGGUGGAUGGACAUGCACAACAAAUAUUACUUCUACUGUUACUAAUACCUCUCACAUGUGUAUGUUUUAUUCAAAAAAAUUGUUUUUCAGAUCUAAACUCAUUUUCGUGAACCAGUUUUCUCAAAAAACACCGAACAGUCAGCAUUCUUCUGGUUCGUCACUGUUAUCCGAUGGGACAACCAGCGCGAAAGUGAAGUGCACCGAAAAUGAGCAGUAUGUGGACUGCGUGGAUUUGUGCCAAGCAAGUUGUACACCUAAGGCAUCCGAGACGUGCUCUACCAAACGCUGCGCCGGUGGAUGCCAUUGCAAACCUGGUUAUUUUUUAUUCCAAAGUUUGCACAAAAUCAUGGUGCUAAUCAAGCAAUCCAUCUGUUUAUCCAGCUGCAACUCGCUGUCGCUGAGCUGA